AUGUGUUACAGUAAUUUUGAUAGUUGUCUAAAAUUUACAACACCAGACCAGCUCGCGGCCUACUCGAACAAGGUCCUCUGCAAGGAAGUGUCAAUGGAAUUUCCCAUAUAUAAUGCUGUAGUCACAGGCGCUUGCAAAGCAUCUUCGAGUUGCAAUGAAAUUGCGACAACUAAUGCAAUUGCUCUGGCUACAUCAGCUAUUGCAAAGGUUGUUAACCCGACGAUGUCAGCAGUUGCCUAUAGAAUUUCCACAGUGUUAUUUCACAGUGGAAUUAGUCAUGUGGAUGUACAACGUUUGAAUCGGUUGGGAAUUUGCAUGUCUUCCGAUAGCGUCAUAAAUCUGCACGAGAAAAUGGGUGAAAACUUUGAUUAUGCAGCCAAAAAAUGGAAAAAGGAGAUAGAAGAGAACAAUUCUACGUUGCUUUUUGUAAGGGAAAUAGAGGGAAAGAUGUUAAACCGUAGUAAUGAUGAUAUGCAUCUGGACACGACUCUAAACCUGGAUGAGGAUUCUUUAAAAGCGUAA